AAAUAGCUCCUUGACGCAAAAAAUCAAUACAAGUCGCAGCAACAAUGAGAAAGUAGCUAAAUUUGCCGAAUCCCCAAAUUGGCAACACUGAUUUUCCCGCAGGUUUGUCGUUGCGCUCCAGGCCGCGUGGCGGCGCUGGUUUGACGCGUUGAGUUCGUUUACAGAGACGAGGAAGAAAAACAUUACAUUCAAGCGCACAGGUCAAUGUUAUGUACACAAAUAAUGGGAUUAUAUUUAUCUAGCAUUAUUAUAGAGCACUCAAACCCUUUAGAUACUUUCUAUUAACCGCCAUAUUUGUGUUUUGAAGUUUCUUUGCUGUUCGUCUCUAUUUUCUCGUAUAUCUAUGCAGAAACGCGUUUAUAAUCUCUGUUUCCAGCAUAUGAAGUAGGCCAUAGCUGUUGGCAUGUUUCUGGUGGGGUUAACCGGAGGCAUCGCCUCAGGGAAGAGCACAGUGUCUUCUCAGCUGAAAGAACUGGGCUGUCCGAUCAUCGAUGCAGAUGUGGUGGCCCGGAAAGUGGUGAAGCCCCAAAGCCCAGCGUACAGACUGAUUUUGCAGCACUUUGGACGUGAAAUUUUGUUAGACAAUGGCGAGAUUGACAGACAGAAACUGGGGCAGAUCAUCUUCUCCAGCCCAGAGAAACGAAAACUUCUCAACUCCAUCACACACCCAGAAAUACAUAAAGAAAUGUUCAAACAAAUACUGCUGUACUUCAUUAAAGGCUACAGAUAUGUGAUUUUGGAUGUGCCGCUGCUUUUUGAAACACGACGUCUCACCCGUUUCCUAACCCACACUGUUGUCGUAUACUGUGACCCGGCGACGCAGCUGUCCCGUCUCAUGCAGAGGGACGGUUUGAGUCAGGAGGAGGCCGAGCAGAGGAUCGGUGCUCAGAUGCCCCUCAAAGAGAAGCGUGGACUCGCCAGUCACGUGAUCGAGAACUCGGGCUCUCGCGAGGACACUCACAGACAGAUGCUGCGGUUGCACACCAAGCUCGAGGACUCCAUGGAGUUUCUGGUCGUCAGGGCCGUCGCCGUGGCAGCUGUCGCCGGGCUCGGCGGCCUGUUUUUAUGUACAGUCAGAAUGCUGGUCUCUUAGCAAACAUACAGAAAUGCUUCCACAACAAUGGCAAUAGGUCUUAAAGGGAUAGUGCACCCAAUAAUCAACAUUCUGUCAGAAUGUACUCAUUAUAUGUGGUUUUGGACAGAAAUAUUUCUUUUGAAUAUUUCACAGAAGAAAGUAAAGUCAUAUAGGUUUGUAACAAUGUGAACAAAUGAUGACAGAAUUUUAAUUUACAGUCAAAAAACAAUGAAGAAUAUGAUUUUAUAUUUUAACAUAGGUUUUUGUUGUCUAAACCAUUUUUAUUUGAUGUUUAACCUCACUUUGUUGUUAAUAUUCGGACCUCACCACCGUCAGCCUGAGCUACACCUGUGAAAAAAGUCAUAUUUACAGUUCAUAUUUACAGAUUGCACAGGCUGCGUAACUCUAUAAUCAGCACAAUGAUUUUGAUAUGAGUCCUAAAUGUAACAUACUGUAUAAAACAGAACUAUGACAACAAUGCUACUUUUUUACCUCGACACGUUUAAUUAUGCAUUCACUGAUACAUGAAAUAGACUGAAUGUAUUAAUACAGUACCUUCUGCUGCUUUUUGUUAAUAUCAGAUAAUUUAAUCUACUGUAUAUCUGACUUAAAAAAAGUCACAACUUGAACUUAAUGUUGCAGUAAAUUUAUUCUUUGUGAUGCUAAUUGACCCAUUCAGCGAGAGAGAUAUAUAUCAUGUCAAUAGGAGAAUCACUUUGAUGUAAGCAAAAAGCACAAGUAUUGUUCAGUAUAUUUUCAUGAUUAUGCAAAAGUAGUUUUCUAUACUGUAAAAAGCAGUGUGUAUCAAUAUUAAAUAAAACUAUUGUGUUUUUAGUA